AUGAAGGCCGUGAAAAUGCUAAUAGAGACGUCAAUCCCAACAUUUUUAACUGAACGCACAAUUCUGUCUGCGCGUAACGAUGAUGUUAGUGACAUCAAUGCUACUGCAUUGAAUAUCUUUCCAGGGAGAUUAUAUACUUAUCUUGCAGCAAAUAAAAUGUCUGAAGAUAAUGAAAUCGAUCAUAUCAUUACAAAUAGAUAUCCUAAUGAAUAUUUAAAUUUAUUGGAUCCUCCUAGGUUGCCAACUUUUAAGUUAGAGUUGAAGGUGGACUGUCCUAUAAUAUUUUUGAGAAACAUUGCACUGAAAGAUGGACUAUGUAAUGGUACAAGAUUGAUGGUUACUAGGUGCAACACUCGCAUAAUUGAAGAUCAAAUUUUAACUGGAGAAAAGUUUAGCAAUUUGGCAUUCAUACCAAGGAUAUCAUUGGCACCAUCUUCUUCAGAAAUGCCUUUCCAAAUGACAAGACGUCAAUUUCCAGUCCGAUUAGCAUAUGCCUUGACCAUUAAUAAAUCUCAAAGACAAUUUGUGAAAUCUGUUGGGGUUGAUUUGCGCAUACCAGUGUUUAGCAAUUGGCAAUUAUAUGUGGCAUUGUCCAGAUGUACAUCAGUUGAUCGUAUAAGUAUUCUGAUCCCUAAAGAUUGUUUGGAUUCUACUACAAAUAUUGUUUAUCCUGAAGUGUUGUUAUAG